CAGAUGAUAUCCUCCGAUGCAGAAUGCGGAAGCCGUGAUGAAAACGAAUACGAAGUUAAUGACGAUUCAAACUUGUAACUGAAUUUCCAUUGUCCAAAUAUGUUUGGUAGAAAGAAAGAAGCAGUUGAUCCUCCUAAAAGGAAAGGAGCCGAUUUAAUGAACCAGCUUGGAUUUGCUGGCAAUAUGGGUGGGCAUGGAAUGGAUGAUGACGAUGAUGCAGCAUUAGAAGCAGAGUUACUUGCCCUUCAAGGCGAGGGGCCACCUAAGCCUAGGACAAAAGACAAGAAAGGCAAAGAUCUUGUGAGUCUACAAGAUAUUGGUAAGAUGGCUGAUGACUGUAUGAAGGAUAUCAAUAGUGAGGAAGAGAUGUCUGAUACAGAAGAUCCCGAUUUAUUGGCAGAGCUUCAAGAUCUUGAGGCUGAGGAUGAUGAUGACGAUGAACAAGAAACCCCUUCUUCACAGAGUGCAUCUGUGCCACAGCAGAGCGUCGACAUGCUUUCUGUAGUUCAGGAACGUCUGUCCCUGUACCAACAGGCACAGCAGGCUGCCAAGGAGGCAGGCGACAGCUCCAAACAGAGACGCCUGGAAAGGGGCAUUAAGACAUUACAGGACCUUAACAAGAAAGUGAAAGCUGGUAGGGCCAUAUCUGAGGAUGACAUCCCCCCACCUGUUACUGUGUCAUCCAACGCCCCUCGUCCUCCACCUGCUGCAAGCCAAGCUCCUGUGUUUGAGCCAACACUACCACAAAGAGAGCCUUCCCCCAAACCUGCACCAGUCCAAGAGAGGGCUCCCGUUGUACCUGAAACCCAAACUACUGCGCAAUCCUCUCCGGAACAAACGAUAUUAGUGACACGCCAACAGCAGUACAAGCAGGCAGCAUUACACGCAAAAAAUAGUGGGGACAUGACGAAUGCAGCCAAAUAUAUUAAGAUCGCAAAGGUAUGUACAUAA